AUGGUUGCCACCCGAGGUGCUGUGCACGCCGUGUACGAUGCUUUUGCAUCAGUGGACUGGACUGUAUCCAAGAUCAGCAGCAUCGUCUUGCUCCUGGUGGUAUCCUACCCCUUGUCCAUCAUAUUCUAUAACAUGUAUCUUCACCCACUCAGAGGUUAUCCUGGACCAAAGCUUUACGCUGCCGCAAUCAUCCCCAUCUACUAUCAACGACUUCGAGGUUUCGGCCCCCAGUUUACCACUGAGUUGCAUAAGAAAUAUGGCCCAGUGGUUCGUAUUGCACCCAACCAAAUCAGUUACACCGACAACCAAGCUUGGAAAGAAAUCUACGGCCAUCACCCUGCCGGCAACGGAACAUGGCGAAAGGAUCCUGCUCAAGCUGGCCCGGAAGAGGCCGGAACUCCUGGCAUCUUUAGAUCAGAGGGCCAGGCACAUAAACAAGAGGGCUUGAUCUGUGGCUACGCUAAACAGCUCGUGUCCGUCCUCCAACAUCGAGCGGAGCUGCAAAAAGCCGAUCCGAACGACGCUGAAGGACAGGUCGGCAUGGUUAAGAUGUACAAUUUUGCUACAUUCGAUAUCAUGGCAGAUUUGGUUUUUGGCGAGGAUCUAGGCCUAUUAGAGAACAUAACAUACACACCGUGGGUCUAUGCUAUGAUAGGCCAUCUGAAAUCGGUCUCCAUCAUGCACGCAAUCGCAAGGUGGCAGCUUUUAACGGCAGUCAUGAAGCGACUUCUGCCGAAAUUUAUCAAAGAGAUGCGCGAGGCGCACUUCAACUUUUGUGUUCAAAGAGUCGAUAAGCGAAUGGCCACGAAAACCGAGCGGCCAGACUUCUGGUCUUUAGUGAUCAAGGCUGGGACGCACAGAGACAUCAGCAAGGGCCAACUCUACGCAACCAUGAGCGACUUCAUGUUUGCUGGCACCGAGACAACGGCCACCAUUCUUAGCGGUAUCACAUACUAUCUGUGCAAGAACCCAGAGUCGAUGGCUACCCUCGUUGCAGAAAUUCGCCAGUUCAAAAACCCCGAGGACUUGAACCUCAACAAUCUGCAGGCGCUGCCCUUCUUGCAGGCUUGUAUCAACGAAGCCUUCCGCUUAUACCCACCAGUUCCCGUCGGGAACAUGCGGCUCGCUCCUCUUGGCGGCGCCAUUGUUUGUGGAAGAUUUGUCCCAGAAGGAACAACCGUGCAAUAUACACAAUAUGCAGCGUAUCACACCGAGCACAACUUUAAAAACCCAGAAUUGUUUGUCCCAAAACGCUGGCUGCCAACGCCCCCGGAAGAAUAUACUUCGGAUAAGACAGAAGUAGUGAACCCCUUUGGGGUCGGCCCGCGCGCUUGUAUAGGCAGAAACUUGGCACUCCACGAAUUUCGAGUGCUUCUGGCAUAUGUGCUCUGGUACUUUGACGUGAGCCUCGCGGACCCAAAUUUCCACUGGCUAGCCCAAGAUGUCCAUGAGUUAUGGGUGAAGAAUCCUCUGCUAGUGCGACUGUCUCCGGCCCGUAGAUGA